AUGCUUACUGCCAAACUGGCUGGUCAUACCGAACCUGUAUCAGCACUCACACAAUCAUUGCAAUCGUCCAUUAUUGCAAGUGCUUCUGAGGAUUCCACAGUCAGAAUAUGGGAUAUGACUACCCUUCAAACAACAAAAAUACUGUAUCCACCUACUCCACAAUCUAGUCCUACAACUAAAGUCGAUUCAUGCAGUGACGAUGAUGAAUGCGAUGGACCAGUUGCUAUUAGCUUUGCUGCCAAUUCACCCAAUUUAAUAUUUGCUGCUGUUGGAUCGUCACUUGUCCUCGGCGAUUUGCGAUUAAAUGGUGCGUCAAAUUCAUGGCAGCAACUCUUUAGUGCUUCAGAAAACAUCAAUAAAAUUUCUGUUCAUUCAAAUGAACUGCACGUUGGUUUGGCUGAUGAUUCUGGCAGUGUCUAUGUGUUGGAAACAGCAAAAAUACCUUAUAAACCAUAUCGAAAGAUUCGUAAAGUGCAUACCAAUAUUGCGACCAGCGUGUGCUUUCGACCAAAAAAGUCAUGGGAGAUAUGGUCUGGCAGUAUGGACUAUUCUGUAAUCCAAUGGGAUUAUUCGCGUGGUUCAGUGCUCAAUCAUUAUCAACAUGACCCUCUCGUUCAGCCUAAUCUGGCAGCUGAUAAUCCAUUUGCACAAGGUUUGAAUCCUCCAUUUGUAUAUGAUACCGCCUUCAAUUCAAUGGGAAAUACAUUUAUUGCAGCUUUGGGAGAUGGAUCCAUUGACUGGAUGCAUUGGCCAACCACAAAGUCACAGUCUCGAUCAACUCGCAAAACAAAGCAAGCUCAAUAUAUUCAAGAGAGAUUAGUCGGACCCCAUGCAUGGUCAGUCACAUCUGUUUCAUUUGAAAAUGGAAACGAUAAACCAAAUAUGUUUGUUUCUGGAUGUAUUGAUGGGUCUGUUGCGUUGUGGAAUUUACAAAACGCUACCAAUGGAUUUACAACUGAUGAGCUAGAAACACAUGCACCCAAAUCUGUUAAUUCUGUGAAAAUGCCAUACAAAGUGAACACCGUGAUGAUGCUGGAAAGUACCAAUGAGUCAAAAGCUGUUGUAGCUGUAGGAGGAACUGCCAAGCAUAAAGCCAAACAUGCCAUGGAUGCAUUUGCAAUUGAUCUAGUCUCGCUUGCAUAUUGA